UUAGGUUCAGUAAUUUCACUUUAAUGGCAUUUAAUAGGUCAUUUUCAUUGCCAUUAAAGUGAAAUAACUGAACAUAAACAUACAAGCUUGACAAAAAUGCUUGACAAGCUUGACAAAUUUUAGAAGAAAAUUUCAGAUGGCACUUAGAGGCUUUUGCAUCUGAAGUCUUCAUAUGUAGUAACACAAAAUACAUAGAUAUUCAUAGACCAUGCUAUUUUUAUUUUGUUACUACAUACAGCCUUAAAUACAAAACAUUUAUAAAAAAAAAAAAUAAAUAAAAAAAAUCUCACUAGCGAGUGUUUUUGUACAUCAAAACAGCGAUCGGCCAAUCUGAAAUGUUUAGUAGAAUUUUAGGCAAGGCUAUUUGUCUGUCUGUCUGUCUAUCUGUCUAUCUAUGGUUGUCUGUCCAUCCAACCAAAAAUAUUGUUUACUUAUUGUCUUGAUAUCAGAAGGAAUUUCUAUCAUGAAUCACCAGGGCAGUAUGAGGCAGUUUAUGCAAAGCUGUAAAAAGAGCAUGCAUUUUGAAUGACAAAUAUGCUUUGCUAUAAAUGAAACACGACACGGAUGCGAUUUGGUUCAGUGAGAAGGCUGUGAUACGCUGAUCAGCAGGGCAGAAGUUAUGUUGACUAUUCUUCUGAUAACAGCUUUUAUUGGCCAAGGCCAGUCAUGGGACAGUCUUGGAACAAACUUCAUCACAGCAUUCCCAGAGAACAUAGCCUUCUACUAUCCAGUUAAUCCAGUGAAUUCUCUCAAUAUCACCGCUCUCUAUGCCGACACCGGGGUGACAGUCUCCACCUCAGACGAUUGGACAUACCAGGACACACUGCCGGCAGGAAAACCUGUAACUGUGACCCUGCCACAGGGUAUUGAGGAAUACCGUUUCGCUCAAACUCUUCGGACCGUCAGAAUCAGCAGCACGGACCACAUCGUGGUGCAGUCGAUCAGUCAGCGAGGAGAUAGUGUACAAACUAAUGUCGUUCAGCCUCUGAAAAAUCUCGGUACGUUUUACUCCAUCCCCUCGCUGAAUUACAGCAUGAUGAUUAAUACUUUCUAUCAGUCGACAAGAAAUUUCAGCAAGAUAUACAGCACCUUCAGGCUGGUUAUUAUCAAUGGAGUAGAUAUAAGUAAUUAUGUCACAAUUGUAAAAAUGGCUAAAAACAAGAUGUACACACUUGAUCCGUACGCCGUUCUCCAGCUCCAAACCGACGGGACAGAAAUUGCAGUUAGAUCUGAUUAUAGAGUAGCUGUGAUGAUGACCCAUCCAUGUGUAGAAAUGGCAGAAUGCAGAUGCAACAUGGUGGUGAACCAACUUUAUCCCAACUCUCAGUGGGAUAGCAGAUUCGUUGUACCCUCAAUACUGAACACAAGUAACGUUUGGCUACAUCUGACGUCCUCAACGAAUAUCACUGCCAGUGGCAGGGAUCUAGAAUUGGGUACUUUGGAAGCCAAUUCCUCAAAACUCCUGUCUCUCCCAUCUUUGCAGUCAGGAUCUCAGUUCAUCAACACAUCUGAUCCUGCUUCCCUCAGGCUUGUCGGUCCAGGCUUCCUCAUUGAACCAAUCCCACAAUCCAGGUUCUCUGCAUGCUACCUAGUAGUGCCUGUCAGCUCGACAGAUGCCAAGGCCUUAGUGAUAGCAGAAACGGACUACAGGGAUAGUGUGUAUAUAGAUGGUGAUUUGCUUUCAUCUGCUAAAUGGAGCACCAUCGCCAAUUCAGAGUACUCAUCGGUUUUAGUGUCAGUUAACGGCAUGCAUGUCAUUUGGCAUCCAUCCACAAAGAUCGCCGUGUAUGUGUUUGAGAAGGGCACAAAUGUGUAUGGAGGCCCAGCUAUAUCUUUAAGUGAAAAACCAGACCCUUUAGGCUGUGCAUUGGUCCCUUCCAAGUUCAACAUCAUCUUUAGACCUCAAACCUGGCCUGAAUCCCAUCAAAACUGUAUGCUCAUAAGUGACGAGCUUUUCAGUCCGAGCAAUAAAGCGACCCAAAUGGAGAUGGUCGAAAUUUUGAAUAGUGAAGGUUUAAACGAGAGGCUCUGGAUCGGACUGCGCCGUAGUCUGCUCACAUUAGAGUGGUAUCGGCAGAAGGGUAAGAAUGUACACAAUAUGGCGUACACGCGGUGGGGAACCGGGGAGCCAAGUGUUGCUGCGAAGGGCAUGUGCGCUUCAGUAUUCCCAAAUUCAAGCAUGGAUUUCCAUUGGGAAAGUGUGCCCUGCUGUGCUCAAUUGAAGUCUAUCUGCUACGCAAGGGCUCUUUACUUUCCUCUGUAUUUUCCCAUCUCAAAUGAUAACUCAAAUGAGAAAGCUAGUAAUUCUAAUAGUAAUUAUGAAAAAAAUGAAGAUAAAUAGUAAAAACUGGCCAGGAAAAAAAUAGUGACAUCUGAGGAUAACAUUUUUGUUUCUUUAUAUUUUACAAUUCAUAGCUGGAUACAUCAUUAAAUGAUAUAUUGUUAAUAUACAAACCUACUUAAACUUCCAAAAUAGCUCUAGUUUAAAUAGAACAGAUUAAAGAUGUUAGAUCACAAAUAGGUAGAUAUGAAGUUGUUUGGUCACAAAUUCCUCUAAGAAGUUCACAUUGCCUUUGUAACCAUGAAUAUUGUAUGUAGUCUAGAUCUUAUUCACAGUGUUCACACUGUUUAUCUAGAAACAUGGAUUUAUAUGCAGUCAUCAGCACUUUGUAUUUCCAAUAUAUAGAUGUAUACUUUCAAAAAAGACUAAAUAGAUUUCAAGGUAUAAAGUCAGCAUGAAACAUAAGUUGUGAUAGUCUUUUCUUCCCUGUUGUAAUGUAUAUCUAAGUGAAAUGGCUUCUUGAAUAAGAAAAAAAUGUAGGGCGGGACUUAAUUUUGUCCAUAGGGCAUUGAUUGGAUGCUUGUGGUUUGCUAUUGCUGUGAUCUCAUGUGAGUGACAGGUUGUCCUGCCCUCUCGCCAGUAAUCAUCAGAGAAGACAUAUUUCUGCAAGAAGGAGGGGAAGUUAUUUUGAUAAAAGAUUACAAGGGCACAUUCAUUUUUAAGAAAUAAGUCAUUUAUAAUAAAUACUGCAAUAUUCCAUAUAAAAACAAGAAUUGUAAAUUUUGAUUUUGUGGUGACUUUUAAAAACCAUCUCCACAUAGCAUCAUCAUAUUUGUAUACAUGAAUGUCAUAUUUGUAUCUAGGAAGUUGUAGUAUUCAAAUAAACAUAAGCUUUCAGACCUCAA